UAUAAUUUCAGCUUGGUACUUUAAAACAAAUGUCAUCGAAGGCUGUUUACGAAGAAUCUGCUAAGCUACUUAUAUACAACUCGAUAUGCUACUCUAAGUUAGCGAAAAAUCCACUUCGAGUAGUUAAACUGGGUGAUGAUGUUAGUCUAGUGACAGAUGAAUGGAUAUUACACAAUGAUCUUGUCAGUAAGCCCGAUGUCCUCAUAAAACGCAGAGGAAAAUUGGGACUAGUUUUCGCAGGCUUCGAUUGGGUGGCUUUACAGGGGAGGAUAAAAAGUUUGUUGGCGAGCAAAUUCACGAUUGGUUCUACCUGUGGAAUUCUCGACCGCUUCCUUAUUGAACCAUUUGUACCACAUGAACAGCAAGAAGAGUACUAUCUGUGUAUGUACACUCAAAGGAAUUCAAAUGUUAUCCUUUUUCAUCAUGCCGGUGGAGUAGAUGUGGGUGAAGUAGAUUCUAAGGCUAAACGUUUUGAGGUUUCAGUUGAAGAUAUUAUGAAAUCUGGUUCUGGAAUGAAAGCUGGGUGUUCUGCCGAUCAAUUAUUACAGAGUUCACUGCUUUCAGGAGUAAAAUGUCCGAAGCGUGCAAGGAUGCUAGCUGAUUUCAUCGUUGAAUUACAUGCAGUUUUUGACAAAUUAUACUUCACCUAUUUAGAAAUCAAUCCAUUAGUUAUUUGUAAAUGGAAUAUGAAUGCAAACAAACUUAAUGAUUGUAAUGGUAGCAAUUAUCAUAUCAUUAACGAUAAUGAACUACAGGAUAUAGAUAAUGAUAUUAACGAACAGUUAUAUAUUCAUAUAUUGGAUGUUGCUGCCAAAUUGGAUCAGUGUGCAGAACAUUUGUUCACUUCAAGUUUGGAAUGGUCAGUGAAUGGAAAAAUGUUGGAAUUUCCUUUUGGUUUUGGUAAAACUGAAAGUAAAGAGGAAGCGUACAUCGCAAAGUUGGAUGCUCGAACAGGUGCUUCAUUAAAGCUUACUAUACUUAACCCAAAUGGUCGUAUAUGGACAAUGAGUGCAGGUGGUGGAGCCUCAGUAAUUUAUGCUGAUACAGUUUGUGAAUUAGCUGAAAAAAUCAAGUCAGCCGGCGGUACAAGUCAAGGUGUAAAAGAUUUAGCGAAUUAUGGUGAAUAUUCUGGAGCACCAUCAGAAGAAUUAACUUAUGAAUAUUCAAAAACAAUUCUAACUUUGAUGACUACUGGAGAACUACAUCCAGAUGGUAAAGUUUUACUAAUCGGUGGAGGAAUUGCAAAUUUCACCAAUAUUGCUGCUACAUUCAAAGGUAUUGUGCGUGCUUUGACAGAAUUUAAAGAACAAUUGAAGAGACAUAAUAUACGUAUAUUUGUCCGUCGUGCUGGUCCCAACUACCAGGAAGGUCUUCGUGUAAUGCGUGAAUUGGGUCGUACUAUCGAUAUUCCAAUUUAUGUAUUUGGACCUGAAACUCAUAUGACUGCUAUUGUAUCAAUGGCAUUUGGUUUACGUCAAAUACCUCCACCUAAAAUAAAUCAAAUUCAGUCAUCUGCAGAUACACUAUCAUUGUACAGUUACAGUGGUUCUGGCUGUGAACAUAAAAAUUCAGACAAAUCAACACCAACGGUGACCAAUCAAACUCGCAAGGUUUCUGAAUUCUCUUCUACUAUCACUACUACUACUUCUACUACUACUACUACUGAUGGUAAUAAUCAUGAAACUAUUUAUGAAGAACCACUUUUCACAGUGAAAACAAAGUGUUUAAUAUGGGGUUUACAAGUGAAAGCUGUUCAGUCUAUGUUAGAUUUCGAUUAUGCUUCCGGUCGUGAAAGUCCAAGUGUAGCAGCUCUAAUUUAUCCUUUCAACGAUGAUCAUCAAUUGAAAUUUUAUUGGGGUGCAAAAGAAUUAUUUCUACCAGUUUAUAAGUAUAUGUUGAAUGCAAUGCACAAGCAUCCAGAUGCACGUGUAUUAGUGAAUUUCGCAUCAUUACGAGUUGCUUAUGAUAUAUGCAUGGAAGCUAUGGAAGUGGAUUGUAUAGUUUCAUCUAAUUAUAAAGAAAACGGAAUAUUGAAUGAACACAAUGAUACAUCUAUUCAUAACAAUAUUAAUAAUAAUGGUUUAUCAGUAAAUGAGGCACAGAUCAAGUGUAUCGCUAUUAUAGCUGAAGGUAUACCAGAAAAUAUGACACGUCGUUUAAUACAACGAUCCAAAGAAAGAAAUAUUCUAUUGAUUGGUCCAGCAACUGUAGGUGGCUUAAAAUCUGGCUGCUUCAAAAUCGGAAAUACAGGCGGAAUGACAGACAAUAUACUGGCAUCAAAACUUUAUCGACCUGGAAGUGUUGCUUAUGUAUCACGUUCUGGUGGAAUGUCCAAUGAAUUGAAUAAUAUUAUUUCAAUGAAUUCUGAUGGUGUUUAUGAAGGUGUCGCGAUUGGUGGUGAUCGUUUUCCUGGUUCAACAUUUAUUGAUCAUAUUCUACGUUAUGAAAAUAAUCCAGAAGUCGGUAUGAUUGUUGUCUUGGGUGAAGUUGGUGGUAUAGAAGAGUAUGCAAUAAUUGAAGCGGUUAAAUUGGGCAAAAUAAAAAAAACAAUUGUAGCCUGGUGUAUUGGAUCAUGCGGUGAAUUAUUAAGCGCUGCAGCUAAUUCGAAUAAUAAUACAGACAGUAAUAAUAUUACUGGUGGUUCAAUUCAAUUCGGUCAUGCUGGUGCAUGUGCUAAUUCUUUACAAGAAACAGCUACAGCAAAAAAUUCUGCAUUGGCUAGUGUUGGUAUACAUGUUCCAGAAUCAUUUGAUGAAUUAGAUCUGUUAAUUAGACGUGUUUUUGAUGAACUUGUAAGAAGUGGUCAGUUAAUCCCGAAAACUGAUCAUCCACCUCGUACUGUUCCAAUGGAUUAUGCAUGGGCCAAGGAAUUAGGUCUAAUUCGUCGACCAGUUUCGUUUACAUCAACAAUAUGUGAUGAUCGAGGUGAAGAGUUAUUGUAUGCUGGAAUGCCAAUUAGUCAAGUGAUUGAACAAGAUUUAGGCAUAGGUGGUGUUCUUGGCUUAUUAUGGUUCAAAAGAAGAUUGCCUGAAUAUGCAACGAAAUUUUUAGAAUUAUGUCUUAUCAUAACAGCGGAUCAUGGUCCAGCUGUAUCCGGUGCACAUAAUACAAUAGUGGCAACACGUGCUGGUAAAGAUCUCAUCUCUAGUCUUGUAUCUGGACUUUUAACAAUUGGUGAUAGAUUUGGUGGUGCAUUGGAUGCUGCAGCACGUCAGUUUUCACAAGCUUAUGAUUCCGGUUUAACACCUAUUCAGUUUGUUAAUCAAGAACGUCAAGCAUCACGUCUUAUCAUGGGUAUUGGACAUCGGAUUAAAUCUAUAACUAAUCCAGAUAAACGUGUUCAGUUACUGUCGAAUUAUGUACAUGAACAUUUUCUAGCAACUCCAGUCGUUGACUAUGCACUUGAAGUUGAGAAAGUUACUACUAAUAAGCGUCCAAAUUUAAUAUUAAAUGUUGAUGGUAUGAUUGGUGUAGCAAUGGUAGAUUUAUUAAGAAGCUCCGGUCAUUUCACGCGCGAAGAAGCUGAAGAGUAUAUUACCAUUGGAACAUUGAAUGGCUUGUUUGUUUUGGGUCGAUCAAUCGGGUUUAUUGGUCAUUAUCUGGAUCAGAAACGUUUACAUCAAGGCUUGUAUCGUCAUCCAUGGGAAGAUAUCUCUUACAUGUUACCAAAUCAUCCAUAAUUUAUAAAGACUUAUGUCUAAAUUGGUUCUUUAAUUUAUUGAUUAUUUAUAAAGUUAAAUAUAAAGUUGUUACCUUUCAGUUCCUUAAUGAGAAUUGAAAAAAAAAUUCUAAUAGUUUCUUACAUAACAUUCUACCGUAAAUAUGAUUCUAAUAUGAAUACCAUUUAACUGAUAUACGGUUGUGAGUAUCAUUGUUUUUCAAUAUUUACAAUUUAAUAUAUUACUACUGUUUGUCUUGUUAUUAUUACUAUUACUAUUAUGAUUAUUAUUAUUAUUAUGAUUAUUAUUAUUAUUGCUGAAAUAAACAUCCAUUUUUAUCCAUUUUCGAUUUAUAUUUUAUUGAAAUUAUGUGAAGUUGAUCGCAAUGCAUUUCACUUAUCAUUAUCAUUUUUUUCCCUUGAAAUGAUCAUAUCAUAAUUAUGUUGUUUUUGUGUUUGUUACAUGACAUAUUCAUCUUUUCAAUUAUGACCAUUUCAUUCAUUAGUUCCCUAGGUUACUCAUGAAUGCAUGUAAAAUGCGCACACACACACACACACGCAUACACAUGUAUGUUUUUGGUAGUAUUGCUUCAACAUAUUUCAAAUGGUUGUGGUUUCUUUCAAUGGUUGUGAAUACUACUCAUUACUAUUACUAGUAGUAGUAGUAGUAGUACUAUUUAUAUAAUUAUGCCACAUACAUAGCGAUAAAAUGUUCCGUUUGGUAACUAUUUGUAUGUUUGUCUUAAACGAUGGAUACCUAGUGUUACUACUAUCCGGUUACAUAAUGAAUAAAAUGAUGUGGAUAUAAUCUGUGUUUGAUUUUCUUUUGAAUGUUAUUUUUCUUUUUUCCGGUUGUUGUUUUUUUUUCUUUUUUUUUAAAAAAAGAAGGUUAUUUAUUCACCUAACAGAGAGCAUAGAACGGACAUUGAUGAAUACAUACUUUUUAUCAUAAUAUUUACUAAAUUAGAUUGUAUUAAGUAAAUACUCUCCCUUCAUCUCUUUCAUAUACACAUUUCUAUAUAUGAGCAUGAUUAUAUGACAACCAAUCAGAAUAUGUUCCUCUUCUGUUUUUCUUUGUUUUUCUAUUCUUCUUUUUUAGUUAUUCUUCUAUUCUUAAAUUGUUUACUGUCUCUUCUUUUUUUCAUUUUUUUUCUUUCAUAUAUCUACAUAACUUCAUUUGAUUAUUUGAAAGUAGUACUAUAAUAAAUUAAUAAUUAAUUACUAUUCAAUUGGUAGUAUUAUUAUUUGUGUAUUGCUGAACAUGAAUUGAUAUGUUACUAUUAUUGGUUCAAGUGAAAUUGCAAUCAUCAUUUCAUGUGAUCACUGUGUUUUAAAUGUUUAACUGAUGAUGAUGAUGAUGAGGAUGGAAUGCCGAUGACAAGGCCAAGAGUGGAGAGAGUUAGCUCUCCCUCUUGAAAUGCUCUCACAUGGUCAAUUGUAUACAAACACUGACAGGGAAGUCCUACUCACUGCCUCCUUGUGGCGGCGGUCUUGUUUACGAAAUUGAUAGGACGAAAAG